AUUGUGUCCACUUGCCUCGCUGUGUAAACAUGGCGGACGCCUUUGGAGACGAUUUGUUCAGCGUGUUUGAUGACGAACAAACUAGUUCUUCCAAAGCUAAACCAACGCCACCGGCUGAUAAAACUGCUGGUAAACAUGGAAAGGGAAAGAAAGAGCCCUCUAUUACCAAGAAUAAAAGAGAAGUUGACAAUGAUGGCACAGAUGAAGUUGUCUUUGGGAAAAAGGCGAAGCUCGAAACCGUAUCGCCUGAAGAAAUCAACCUUGCAGACCUCAUGCCUCAAGUGAAAGUGGAGCCAGUGGAGACCGUUGAAGGCUGUACACAUGAGGUCGCUCUGCCAGCAAAUGAAGACUACAAACAGUUGAAACCUCGAGUUGGGAAAGCGGCAAAAGAGUACCCAUUCAUACUGGACCCCUUCCAGAGAGAAGCCAUUCUGUGCAUUGACAACAACCAGUCUGUUCUAGUGUCAGCCCACACAUCUGCUGGAAAGACAGUGUGUGCAGAAUAUGCCAUUGCCCUGGCCCUGAGGGAAAAGCAGAGAGUGAUCUUCACCAGUCCCAUCAAAGCCCUGAGUAAUCAGAAGUACAGGGAGAUGUACGAGGAGUUCCAGGACGUGGGACUGAUGACCGGAGAUGUCACCAUCAACCCCACGGCCUCCUGCCUAGUUAUGACUACUGAGAUUUUGCGGAGUAUGCUGUACAGAGGCUCAGAGGUGAUGCGAGAGGUGGCCUGGGUCGUGUUUGAUGAGAUCCACUACAUGAGGGACUCCGAGCGUGGAGUGGUAUGGGAGGAGACGAUCAUCCUGCUGCCAGACAACGUGCACUAUGUCUUCCUCUCCGCCACCAUCCCCAACGCCAAACAGUUCGCCGAGUGGAUCUGUCAUCUCCAUAAACAGCCUUGCCAUGUGGUGUACACAGACUACCGCCCCACUCCCUUGCAGCACUACAUCUUCCCAGCAGGGGGCGACGGACUUCACCUUGUGGUGGACGAGAAUGGCGAGUUCAGGGAGGACAACUUCAACACGGCCAUGCAGGUCCUGCGGGACACCGGCGACUCCGGGGGCAGCGGCGGAGGAGGAGGGAAGUGGGACCCCAAAGGCAGGAGAGGAGGGACGAAAGGGCCGUCCAACGUGUUUAAGAUCGUCAAGAUGAUCAUGGAGAGGAACUUCCAGCCGGUCAUCAUCUUCAGUUUCAGCAAAAAGGAGUGCGAGGCCUACGCCCUGCAGGUGUCCAAGCUGGAGUUCAACACAGAUGAGGAGAAGAAGCUUGUGGAGGAGGUCUUCAACAACGCCAUCGACUGUCUCUCCGACGAGGACAAAAAGCUUCCACAGGUGGAGCAUGUCCUGCCAUUGCUGAAGAGAGGCAUAGGGAUCCAUCAUGGAGGUCUCCUGCCCAUCCUCAAGGAAACCAUUGAGAUCCUCUUCUCUGAAGGCCUGCUCAAGGCCCUGUUUGCCACGGAAACCUUCGCCAUGGGGAUCAACAUGCCAGCUCGCACUGUCCUCUUCACCAGCGCCCGCAAGUUUGACGGCAAAGACUUUCGCUGGAUCACGUCGGGCGAGUACAUCCAGAUGUCUGGUCGAGCGGGCAGGAGAGGCAUGGAUGAGAGGGGCAUCGUCAUCUUCAUGGUGGACGAGAAGAUGAGCCCUUCCGUGGGCAAGCAGCUCCUCAAGGGCACAGCAGACCCUCUGAACAGUGCGUUCCAUCUGACUUACAACAUGGUGCUGAACCUGCUGAGAGUGGAGGAGAUCAACCCCGAGUACAUGCUGGAGAAGUCCUUCUACCAGUUCCAGCACUACAGGGCCGUGCCCGGCGUGGUCGAGAAGAUGAAGAAGCUGGAGGAUCAGUACAAUGCCAUCGAAAUCCCGAACGAGGAGAGUGUGGUCACCUACUACAAGAUUCGCCAGCAGCUGGCCAAGCUGGCCAAGGAGAUCGAGGAGUUUGUCCGCAAGCCCAAAUACUGCCUGCCUUUCCUCCAGCCCGGGCGGCUAGUAAAGGUCAAGAACGAGGAAGCUGAUUUUGGGUGGGGUGUCGUCGUGAACUUUUCCAAAAAGUCGAACGUCAAGGCGGCGGAUAGGGAUGCGGACCCUCUCUACGUGGUGGAGGUUCUGGUCCACUGCAGCAAGGACAGCGUGAAGAACGCCGCCACCGAGUCUGCACGGCCCGUUCCCCCAGGGGAGAAGGGCGAGAUGCAGGUUGUACCCGUGAUGCUUCACCUUAUCACCAGCAUCAGCUCCGUCCGCCUCUACAUCCCCAAAGACCUGCGGCCCUACGACAACAGACAGAGCAUGCUCAAAUCCAUCCAGGAGGUCCAGAAGCGCUUCCCCGACGGCCUGCCCCUGCUGGACCCCAUUGACGACAUGGGCAUCAAGGACCCCGCCCUGAAGAAGGUCAUCCAGAAGGUGGAGGCCUUCGAGCACCGGAUGUACUCCCACCCGCUGCACAGUGACCCCAGCCUGGAGGCCGUCUACACGCUGUGCGAGAAGAAAGCCCUGAUUGCGGGUGACAUCAAGGCGGCGAAGCGGGAGCUGAAGAGGGCGCGCACCGUGCUGCAGAUGGACGAGCUCAAGUGCCGUAAGCGCGUGCUCCGACGCCUGGGCUUCGCCACCGCCUCCGACGUCAUCGAGAUGAAGGGCCGCGUCGCCUGCGAGAUCAGCAGUGCUGACGAGCUGCUCCUUACUGAGAUGGUGUUCAACGGCCUCUUCAACGACCUGACAGCCGAGCAGUCCACAGCCCUCCUCAGCGUCUUCGUGUUCCAGGAAAACGCUAAUGAGAUGCCCAAGUUGACGGAGCAGUUGGCUGGCCCCUUACGACAGAUGCAGGAAUGUGCCAAGCGCAUCGCCAAGGUCUCUUCGGAGGCCAAGCUGGACGUGGACGAGGAGACGUACCUGAACGCCUUCAGGCCGCACCUGAUGGACGUGGUCUACACCUGGGCCAACGGCUCUACCUUUGCCCAGAUCUGCAAGAUGACCGACGUCUUUGAAGGCAGCAUCAUCCGCUGCAUGCGGCGUCUGGAGGAGCUGCUGAGGCAGAUGUGUCAGGCAGCCAAAGCCAUCGGCAACACCGAGCUGGAGAACAAGUUCGCAGAGGGCAUCACGAAGAUCAAGAGGGAUAUCGUUUUUGCUGCCAGUCUUUACCUCUGAUUCAUUGUUAAACCCGCAGUACUGCUUGUUACUUUAGAGUUCAGUUUCCCCCUUUACAUGUGUCUUGAAUUACAAAGCCGCACACAA